AUGGCUGGUUUGCACUUGUUGCCUGGCGAGCAUAGUGAAAGUGAGAGCGGCAGUGGUUUCGCCAGAACCGAUGAAACGUCAAGCUGUCAUAGGUCUUUGGCACUUUCUGUUGAAAAAGAGGAGGAGUCUUGGAACCGAAUGAGCCUGGCUUCAAACUCAAUUGCAGUUGGGUGGAGCCUAGUUAAGAAGAACGUGCCAAGAGUCCAGGAUUCCUGGCUAUAUGCAUGUAAGACGGCCUUCUCAAUGUGUAGUGGUGCUGGAACUGCGGAAGCGUCCCGGGCUGUUCUCCAAUCUCUUGUCCAGAAGUUUCCUUUGCCCGGCUGCACACUGGAAAUGGACAUCCAAACAGUGGCCUUGUGGGAAAACGCAUCCAAUUGCAAUCAGCUUCUCUUUGACAACCACCUCUGGUGUAUGCAGACUGUAGGGAAGGACCACCCGAUGCCCCAUUUUUUUGGGAAUAUCUUGGAUUUGAACGACUAUGGCACUUUCAGUCUUCAGGAUUCCUACAAUGUCAAGAAGAGAAGGAUUUGCAGGUCAAUAUUGGUAGAUGAGCAGUUGUGCAACACGCAUUCCCAUGGUGAUGACCAUUCGUCGUUGUGUACUGUUCCUUCUGCUGACUAUGGAUGUAGUGGGUUACCAUGUACUGACAUGAGCCGCUGCGGUCAUCAAAUGAAACGCCACGGUCCCACCAACUCCAUCUAUAUGACGCAUGGGAAGUACACUGAGACAAAGCGGGUUCCUCUAAUUACCAUAGAGUGUACACCAGAAUUGGACAUUGGCAUGGUGGAAGAGACCCAUCCAUCAUAUGACUUAUACCAGCUCUUCUUCAGCGCAAAGGACACUGGACACAAGGGUGCUUCUCGGGACAGGACCUACGUCAUCGGAGCACACCAUGAUUUGACGUCUUGUAAAUUUGAUCCCCACACUAUGAAGGACUUCAUUUCAAAGAAAAUGAUCAGUAAGGUCCAAACCAGACCUUCUGACUACUUUUUUGCAACGGUUCCAGAAGUUUUGCAGGAAGCAGAGAAGUUAGCUCUCAAAAGAAACAUUUCUUUCAAACCCAGGCAGUUGGAUUUGACGUACCUUUUGACUGACCGUGAAAAAACAUCACUGCAGUCAUACCAAACUGCCUAUUUGGAAAUUUUUGGGGAGGACCCGUCCACCAAUCAGGACUUAGUUGUCUUUCUUGGGGACAAUGGGGGUUCUUGGAAAAGCUGGUCUGCCCGGAACAAUCAAAUUCCGACAUUUCGAAGAAAUUGCAAGACCGGCCUAUUUUGGAGUAGCUACUUCAAGCGUUUCUUGAUUUCGAGGGAAAAGUUGGCCACGAUGGGCUGGCCGGUAGUCCCUGGAAUGGCAAAAGCCAUGAAUUGUCCAGUGACUCCUUCACAGGAUGUGCUAAGGGCAAGUGAUCUAGCAGGAAAUGCUAUGAACUUUACAACAGUGGGUGUGGCACAGCUCAUAGCCCUGAGCUGCUUUGGGCCCAUGUUCUGA